GGAUUAAAGAGGAGAAAAAUAGCAGGGUAGUAAAAAGAAGUUGGUGGGGAACGGAAGGGAGGUCUACAUGUCCAAAAUGCAAAUCUUUACUUCCGACUGCGACUCACUAACACAAGCUCCGACCGACCUCCAAUAAAUACCCACGAGAGUCGGUUCCGACGUCACCGUCAAUGGCGUCCGCCGGAGGUUCGACCUACCGAGAUCGGACGUUAGAAUUCCGAUCUCUGUCGGAAACAUUGAAGAAGAUCGGAGGGAUCGCAGCCUCAAAUGGAGCACAGACCGAUCCAGCUACAUCCAAACCACCGCCUUCCUCCUACCGAUCCGAAUUCAACAAGAAGGCUUCGCUAAUUGGAUUGGGCGUCCACGAGGCCUCUCUGAAGAUCGCUAGACUCGCCAAACUGGCCAAAAGGUCAUCAAUUUUUGAUGAUCCACUCAAGGAAAUUCAAGAAUUAACCGCUUUAAUAAAAGAUGACAUCACAACGCUUAACAUAGCAGUUUCUGAUUUGCAAACCCUCCAAAAUAUGGAAAUAGCUGAUGGAAACUAUUCUGAAGAUCGAGUUGUUCAUUCGACUACCAUUUGUGAUGAUUUGAAGAAUAAACUUAUGGGGGCUACAAAGCAGUUUCAGGACGUGUUAACUGCUAGAACAGAGAAUAUAAAAGCUCAUGAGAAUAGGAAACAGAUAUUUUCUACAAAUGUAUCAAGAGAGGGCCCUUUAAAGCAUCAUGCAAAUACCGUAACUGAGCCACCUCCUUGGUCUAGUUCAUCUAAUUCAUCUGGGAAUUUGCAAUCUGCAGUAUCACCAUUAAAUGGAGUUACAGCAGGGAACCAACUAAGACGAAGGCUAGCUUCUGAGAACAAUCCAUCCCAAAGCAUGGAAGUGUCCAUGUUGCAGCAGGUUGUUCCACGGCAGGAGAACUAUUCCCAAAGUCGUGCAGUUGCUCUUCAAAAUGUGGAAUCCACAAUUUCAGAACUCAGUGGGAUCUUUGGCCAUUUGGCCACAAUGGUUGCACAUCAAGGGGAAUUGGCUAUCAGGAUUGAUGAUAACAUGGAGGAGUCGUUGGCAAAUGUUGAAGGUGCUCGCAACGCGCUGUUGAGGCAUUUAAACCAAAUUUCAUCGAACAGGUGGCUCCUAAUCAAGAUAUUUGCUAUUUUGAUCUUCUUCUUGUUGGUAUUCUUAUUCUUUGUGGUUUAAUGAGUGGCUAAAGAGAACAAAUUAUGAGCCGAUCAAAUGCCGGAGAAGAAUGUAUAAAACAGAAACUGUAGGACAAGAUGAAAUUUAUCUUGGAUUAUUUGAAUAGUUUUGUAAAACAUAAACUUUAUGUUCUUAGAAACAGAGAUGAUUUCAUUCAAUUACAGAGUUGGUUUUUGUUCUUUUGA